CGAGGCCUUCGCUUUCCCUGUCCGGGCCGGUUCCGUGAGGGGCGACGAUGCCGACCGGGGACUACGACUCCAAGCCCAGCUGGGCAGAUCAAGUAGAAGAAGAAGGAGAUGAUGACAAAUGCAUCACCAGCGAGCUGCUGAAGGACAUUCCCUUGAGCGAUGUGCUGGGUGGAGCGAAGACCGCCGAGCCGGAGCCGGCGCCAGUGAAAGUCGGGAGGACCGCAGAUCCAGACCUGGUGAAAGGAGAACCCCUUCCAUUGCCCAAGGAACUUAUUAACGGCAACAUCAAGACAGUGACCGAGUACAGGGAAGAGGAGGAUGGCAACAAGGUGAAAAUCAUUCGCACUUUUCGGAUUGAGACCCGGAAGGCGUCCAAGGCCGUGGCGAGGCGAAAGAACUGGAAAAAGUUUGGCAACUCAGAAUUUGAUGCUCCCGGCCCAAACGUAGCCACAACCACUGUGAGCGACGAUGUGUUCAUGACUUUCAUUACCAGCAAGGAGGACUUGAACUGCCAGGAGGAGGAAGAUCCCAUGAACAAGCUGAAAGGGGGCAAGAUCGUGUCCUGCCGUAUCUGUAAGGGGGACCACUGGACCACUCGCUGCCCUUACAAGGACACGCUGGGCCCCAUGCAGAAGGAGCUGGCCGAACAGCUGGGGCUCUCGACGGGAGAGAAGGAGAAGGUGCCAGGAGAACCGGAGCCCGUGCAAGCCCAGCAGAGCAAGACCGGGAAGUAUGUGCCUCCCAGCCUGAGAGACGGAGCCAGCCGUCGAGGGGAGUCGAUGCAGCCCAACCGGAGAGCUGACGACAACGCCACCAUCCGGGUCACCAACCUGUCCGAGGACACCCGAGAGACUGACCUGCAGGAGCUCUUCCGCCCUUUCGGGUCCAUCUCCCGCAUCUACUUGGCCAAGGACAAAACCACCGGCCAGUCCAAGGGCUUUGCUUUCAUCAGCUUCCACCGCCGCGAGGAUGCUGCCAGGGCUAUUGCCGGGGUGUCUGGUUUUGGCUACGAUCACCUGAUCCUGAAUGUGGAAUGGGCCAAGCCCUCCACCAACUAAGACCGGUUGCCUGGCCACAUUCCUUGGAAACGGCCU